UAAAAAACCCGAUAUGAGGAUACUUUACAUUUUCCCUCUAUAUUUUUCUAAUUCUGCUGAUUUCCCGCUAAAUUUAUGGGAACUCCUAAGUUGGCGUCACCGCGGUCCAAUUGGCUCAUCGGUAAAGAAAGUUUCAAGCUUUGUUUAAUAUUUAUAUAUCUUUCCAAUAUUAUAUAAACAUUUUAAGACUUAUUAAAAUCGAUUCAAAAAGAUUAAUGAGGUUCGUAGAUAUCGAUUAAAAGAAAAAAAAAAAAAGACGAUGGGAGAUGUCGCUUGACAUUCGGCUGCAACGGUCUAAAAAUAAGAUGUUAACGUUACUCUUAUGAUAAAAACAUCCUUACGUGCAGAUAUGCUGUUUAUAAAUCUCGCGAAUUUAAUUAUAAACAUGUCUUUUCCUUGGAAGGAUGAUGAUAAUAAUAAUAAUUAAAGAAAGGUUAAUAAUAAUAUAAAGAGUCCGUGCAAGCAAGAAAUGAUGAAAUGUUUGUAAACAAGAAGCUGUUUCGUCAUAAAUGUGGUAAAUUAGGAAAAUCAUUUCAUAAAUUACCAUUUUCUAUCAUGUGGUUCUUACCAACCCCAGGAGAAUCAAGUAUAAUUUUUCAGGUGAGUUUUUAUGCCAGUGUUAUAAUGUUAACAACAGUUUUUCUGUGGAAGAUUUUUCGCAGACAAUGCCACUAUGAAAUUCCUGCAAGAGAUAUUAGCAAAGGGCAUAGUUGGUGUGUAAUUGAUAUAUUUUCCCAGACAGCAUAUUGCAGCAUUUGCAAAAGUCUGAUUGUUGAUGGAUGGUAUUGUGAUUCAUGUGGAGUUUAUGCUGAUCAGUCAUGUUUUAAGAAAGCAGAUAAAAGUGUUUAUUGCAAAUCUUUAUCUGGAGUUGGAAAUUCUAUGAAACACCAUUGGGUGAAAGGAAACUUAAAAUCUGGAAGUAUUUGUGAUGUCUGUGAAACAAAUUGUGGUACAGAAGAUUGUUUAGCCGAUUUUCGUUGUUGUUGGUGUCAAAGAACAGUACAUUCUGAUUGUCUUCAAAAAAUGUCAGAAAUAUGUGAUUUAGGUCGUUUCAAAUCAUUUAUUGUUCCUCCAUUUUGUGUGCGUCUGAAAUUAGUAGGCAUUAAAGGAAGACGUCAUUUAGUAGUUUCAGAAGUUCGACCACCUGUAUUUAAGCCAUGGAAUCCAUUGAUUGUAAUUGCUAAUCGUAAAAGUGGAAAUAAUGAAGGAAGUUACAUUUUAAAUGCUUUCCGAUCAGUUCUUAAUCCUGCUCAGGUAAUUGAUAUACAUGAUGUGUCACCUGAAAAUGGAUUGGAGUGGUGUCAUUUAAUAUCAAAUCAUACAUGUCGUAUUUUAAUUGCUGGAGGAGAUGGAACUAUAUCUUGGGUUUUAAACAUUAUUGAUAAAUUAAAAAUUGAGCCUUUGCCUCAUAUUUGCAUUGUGCCACUUGGAACUGGUAAUGAUUUAGCUAGAGUAUUAGGUUGGGGUUCUGGAUCUUCCGGUGUUAUUGAUGUUAAAAAAAUUUUGAAUCAGAUAGAUAAUGCUGAUACUGUGAAUCUUGAUAGGUGGAAAGUAAAAAUUAUUCCUAAACGACACUUGGGAAUUCAAAGACCACCUAAGGAAAUCUAUAUGAACAAUUAUGCAUCUGUUGGAGUUGAUGCACUUGUUGCAUUGAAUUUUCAUAAGACAAGAGAAUCCAAACUUUACUUUUAUGGAAGUCGAUUGUUGAAUAAGUUUUUAUAUAUGAGUUAUGGUACAAAAGAUCUUUUGGAAAGAGAAUGUAAAAAUCUACAUCAAAAGUUAGAUUUGCAAUUGGAUGGCAAAAAUGUGCAGUUACCAGAAGUGGAGGCAAUAGUAGUAUUAAAUAUUCCAUCGUGGGGUGCCGGCAUAAGACCUUGGACAAUGGGUAAACAACAAAAUGUUCCUGUUCAAAGAUUUUGCCAAUUAUUUUCUUACGGAUUAUUGACGAAAACAGAGUUAUCACUGUAUUAUUAAAAAUAAAAGUAUUUUGCAAAAAUGGAUUAAAAAUACAACCAUCUCUGAUAUUAUUUCUUCCGUAUUGUUAACAAUAAACUCUAUUUUUAAAUCUGUUGGAAAUUUAUGCAUUUUAAUAUUUUCAUUUCUAUAAUUAUUACAACAAUAUUGAUGACAUCUCAAUUUUGUUUUUAUUGAUGUCAUGUUUAGGCUACACAUGGUUUAGAAAUGAUAGUAGUGUAACUUUUAUUUCUAAACUAAGUGGGAUGGCCACCAGAUGUCAGCUAUGUUGUUUUCAUCUAACAAUAGACACUAUUUGUCAGCUAUUUCAGAGAAGCAUUUCAAUCACCAAUCCUUCUUAUUGCAAGAUGUGCUCAGUGAUAUACGAGGGGGGACCCAAAAGAAACCGGACUGAGAGCGCGCUGCCAUUCGUAGACGUAGUAGAGAGUUGUCCCACUACAUGGGGUUAGUAGAGACCUUCACGAAACAGCUGUGCAAACGGUGUCAGUUUGUAGGUUUACGUUUGAACGUAGUUUUGUGUUUCUCUUACUGUUAUUUUGUUCCACCUGCAAAGUUCUGGGCGUUCUUCAACAUCUCGAAAUGAUGAAAACAUUGAAAAAAUCCACCAAAAAAGUGUUAAGACGUCUGCGAAAGGAUGUGCGAAGGAAACGCCCAGAACUUUGGCGAUCAGGUGACUGGUUCCUUCAUGACGACAACGCCCACCACACACACGGCAUUAUGAGUGACUCACUAUUUGGCCUCUCGGGAAUGGCCUGUCCUUCCCCACCUUCCAUAUUCACCAGACCUAGUUCUGUGCGACUUUUUUCUGUUUCUGAGAAUGAAGAAAAAUCUAAAAGGGAAGCAUUUUGAUGGUGUGGAGGCUGUAAAAACAGCUUCGCUAAGGGCACUGGACGAUAUCAAGGUUAAAGAGUUCCAGAGAUGCUUCAAACAGUGGGGAAAAAGACUUGACAAGUACAUUGCAUCUAAUGGAGAGUACUUUGAAGGUGACUGAAGGAAUUUUGUAAAAAAGUUAAUAAAUAAAGUUUUUAUACAAAAAAAUCCGGUUAUUUUUGGGUCCCCCAUGUAUAUUUCUUAAUGCAAAAAGCAUUUGACCUGCUGAAAUCUAUUGUCAGCUUAUUGAGGUGUAUGGAAAAGAUAUUAUCAAUAAAGAAAAUGUGCAUAAGUAGCAUUAACCAUUUAAGGAAGGAUUGAAAACUGAUGUUGAUGCACACAUUCGGAAAAUAUAUAUGUUUCAUAAGCAUAAUAAGAUGUUUCUUACUGUUUCUUUAUCUGUCUUUUAUAAAAUUGUCACUAUUAAUCUUCACUGCCAAAAGAUUUGUGAAAGAUGGGCUCCACAAAUGCUUAAACUGGAAUACAAGCAGAAACAAAUGCCUUGUUUCAGUCAUUUUUGGAGUACUAUCAAAGAAAAGGGGAUAAAUUUUUGCAUCAGUUAGUGACAGGAGAUGAGACACAAGUCUCUCACUACAUAUCUGAAAGCAAGCAGCUAUCUCUUGAAUGACAUUACACACAUUACCUGACAAAAUCAAAAAAUUCAAGCAGACACCUUC